GUAAAACAAAACAAGCAUCAAACGGUUCUUCUUGUGGCCGUGGGUGAAACUGCAACUGCCAAAAUUACAAUCGCUGACUUACAACGAUUUUGAAACCUUUUUCCGUUCUAAAACGUGUUGGUGAUGUUCAAAUGUGAAUAAAUGUUAUAUUUUUGCUGGUUGUACAUACAAAACUGUUGCCAUCGAAGGAAGCGGUGAUUUGAAUUAAAGUGAACCAUUUUUUCCGAUAUUUAUAUUCUGUACCAGACUGAAGUGAUGGAUAGCAAAAACAUUCGAGUGGCUGUUCGUGUUCGGCCGUUCAAUCGCAGGGAAUUAGAACAAAAUCAACGAAACAUCAUUAAGGUUCUGGAUCGCACUACACUGAUGUUCGAUCCGGAUGAAGAUGAGGACGAAUUCUUCUUUCAUGGAAUGAAGCAGACACACAGGGACAUCACAAAACGAGUGAAAAAGAAGCUUGCCAUGGAAUAUGACGAUGUGUUCGAUGCGGAAGCCACGAACACGGAUAUCUUUCAGAACUGCACAAAACCGUUGGUGCAGUCCGUUAUGGAUGGAUACAAUUGUUCCGUUUUUGUUUACGGUGCAACCGGAGCUGGUAAAACAUUUACAAUGCUCGGAAGUGAAGAGUGUCCAGGCAUAACUUUUCUCACCAUGAAAGAUUUGUUCCGUCAGAUCGAACAACUGAGCGGUGUACGUAAAUUCGAUAUCGGAAUUUCAUAUCUGGAAGUUUACAAUGAGCUGGUUAUGAACCUGCUGACGAAAUCGGGACCACUAAAGCUGAGAGAAGACAGCAGCGGUGUGGUGGUUAGUGGUUUGGUACUGAAACAAAUUCACAACGCGGAAGAACUGUUGGACUUGUUAGCUCUAGGAAACCAGAAUCGAACGCAGCAUCCGACCGAUGCAAAUGCUGAAAGCAGUCGCAGUCACGCCAUUUUCCAGGUGCACAUACGAAUGGUAGAUAAAGUCACUGGACAAAAGAAAACAGUCAAACUGUCGAUGAUUGACUUAGCUGGAAGUGAGCGAGCUGCUAGUACUAAAGGAAUCGGAAUUAGAUUCAAAGAAGGCGCCAAUAUCAACAAAAGUCUGCUUGCUUUGGGAAACUGUAUCAACAAACUUGCGGACGGUUUGAAGCAUAUUCCCUAUCGGGACUCCAAUUUGACGCGUAUUUUGAAGGACAGUCUCGGGGGAAACUGCCAAACAUUGAUGAUUGCCAAUGUUUCGCCAUCUUCACUUACCUAUGAAGAUACGUACAACACGCUAAAAUAUGCUUCCCGAGCUAAGAAAAUCAGAACAACGUUGAAGCAGAACAUUGUGCCAUCCAACGUGCCGAAAGAGUUCCUCGUUAAGAAGGUCAACGAACAGGCUGCUGAAAUUGAUCGUUUGAAAGCCAAACUCAAGGAAUUGGAAGAAUACAAAGCGGAUGCUGCUGCCAAACUGCUGGCUCCUCCUCCUCCCGCUGAACCUGUUCUACUGGAUGAAACUUUGCUUAACACCUGGCGGUCACGAAUUGACAAUUGUUUCUCGAUUGUUAAGAAAGCACAGGAACAUUAUUUCAAUUUGCAGAGCAAGGAAAAAAUACUCAAUUUAAGAUCCAAGCUGAAAGAGCAAGCAGAAGCUAUCAAGAAAAUUAUAACGCUGGACGGAAAACAUUUGAAUGGGGACAUCGCUCGACUGGAGGCAUCCAUUGAGCGGUACGGCAAGCAAGUGGCGCGACAAAAAGACGAGUUGAAUCGAUGGGCUAAGCGGUACAAAGAAGCACUGAAAAGUUUGGAAUCAUUGCGCAUAGAAGUGCGUUCGUCAGAGCUUUCCGAUAUUCUGCAGUACUACAUUACAGCAAAACAUCACGAGCUUGAUGCGGCCAAAUCCUACCUGAAGAAGAGUCACGUUAUGAAAAUCAAUUUAAUUUAUAUCGAUGAGAACAGACAAUGGGAAAAAAUAACGCGCUUGAGCGGAGACAUAAUACAACAGAAUUAUCUACUGUUACGAAGUAUGGACCGGCUGGACAAUGUUUCACUAGAAAAAAUGGAGAAAUUGGUGCGGUUGGACCACUGCCAGCGAGGCGUGAAAUUCAGCGAUGAUGACGAUCAAGGUGAACUGUUCAAGGAAGCAAACAUUACUGAUACGAAUAUCGAUGAUAUUGCUAACCUUUCUGAUUACGCUGACGGUUAUGAAGACGAAGAAACUGAUUUAGGAGUCAAACGGUUAAAAACGGAGGAAGAUCCUAUGGAUAAUGAGACGGUAUCUAAAAACCUAAAAAAUGAAGUGAACUUAGUAGAAUUCAAGAAACCUAGGGCGCUUCAUCCCCUAAAUUUUAAAGCCCAAAGUUUAAGCGUAAAAACUACGGUUAUGCGCAAAACUCCAACCAAGGCUCAAAAAACAACCACCAUCACACAAUUCAAAGUUCCGAAAUUGGUUCUGAGUGGACCGUCCAAACCAUCCAGCGCCAAGAAACGACCAAAACUGUCGAACUCAUCUACAUCAUCUAACGACGCUAGUGAUUGCUCCGAUGGUCCUGACGAAAACUGUGGCAAUGUCAACAGUACUUUCUGUAUUGAUCCAACGAAAAAUUCUGCAAGUUCCUUAUUUUCAAACGUACUGGUUGAAAGUAAUGUCGACCCAAAAGUUCUUAACAAAGUUCUCCGUCGAGCGUCCACGAAAGGCAACGUGAUUUCUAAGGUUACUCUUACUCUCAACAAAGAAAAUCGCAAGAUCAGUCCGAAAAGAGUAGGUAAAAGUCCAAGGCCGCUAGUUCGAACAAACAGUCGAUCACACACCUCAGCAGCCAGUGUGAUCAAUCGCUACCGGAUGAUGAAAGCUGGAGCAACUGCGAGUGUGACGUCGACAGGACGCACACUGAACGGCUACACAGGUUCUAGCGGGAUGAAACAGGCUUACGAUAGCGACGGCGAACGAAAAGGUCGCAACGCAAAGAAAUAAAUAGCAGUGGGAAAUUCCUUCGUUCUAUUUUUUUUGUAUUUUAUUUUUGUCGAAUGUAACUAUAUUUAUAAGUUUAA